AUGUCCAAAUCAAAGCCUUCAAGAAAAGAUGAAUCUACAGAUCCAAAUAUGGACUCUCGAUUCAAGGCUCUGGAAACGGAUCCCCGGUUUCGCCUCCCUUCAAAGAAACAAACUCGAACUAAGCUUGAUAAGCGCUUCUCUCGCAUGCUCACAGAUUCUGACUUCCACAACUCUACUACAGCAGAUAGAUAUGGAAGACGCUUGAAAAAAGGGGGGAAAAAAAAGGCAUUGGAGCGCCUCUAUCUUCCUGAGGAUGCUAAUGAAGACGAAACACAGACAGAAAGCAAGGGCCGUAGCAAUAAUCUUGACACUAAGAACGAUGAAAUCAGUAGCGCUAGAAAAUCAAUUGAAGGGUCCGAGAACGAAUCAAAUGAUAUCAAAGGAAGGAGUUACAAGUUUUCACCGGAUGGUGAUACUGACACUACAGAUGCGGUUCACCCAAAAAAUUAUGAUCCAGCUCGUGGAGGAGGCUUCUCUUCAUCGGAAGAUGAUAAUAGUGACGAGGAAAAAAAUGUAGAAGAAAAAUUAGACGACGAUGAUGAAGCAGAAUUUCCGGACAUACGAGCUGCGCAAACUGAUGUUCCCAUGGGCGAAGUAUCUUCUCGCUUUGCGGUAGUCAACUUGGAUUGGGAUAACAUUAAUUCAGAAGAUCUAUUCGCUGUCUUCUCGUCAUUUCUUCCUCCUGGCGGGAAGAUUCAUGAAAUUUCAAUAUAUCCCAGUGAAUUUGGUAAAGAGCGAAUGGACCGCGAAGAAAUCGAGGGGCCCCCUAAAGAAAUCUUUGCACAAGAGGGAUUGGAUAACUUGUCUACAAAUGAUGAGUCUGAAGAGGAUGAAAAAAUUGCUCACUCACUUCAAAAAUCCGACGAAGGUAGGGAAUACAACGAUUCAGCGCUCCGAAAAUAUCAGUUAGAGCGACUCUCUUACUACUAUGCUGUUGUUAUAUGUUCAUCGCCAUCGACCGCACAUGCUAUCUAUGAAGCUACUGAUGGUCGAGAAUAUCUAUCAUCAGCAAACUUCUUUGAUUUAAGAUUCAUACCCGAUGGAGUCGAGUUUACUGAAAAAGAACGAGAUAAAUGCUCGGCUCUUCCAUCAAUGUAUCGCCCUACUGAGUUUGUAACAAAUGCAUUACAACAUUCAAAAGUCAAAUUAACCUGGGAUACUGACCCAAGCGAAAAUACUCGAAAAGAAGCCAUAAAACGUGCAUUUUCUGGAUCUCGUAGUGAAAUCAACGAAAACGAUCUAAGAGCCUAUCUUUGUAGCGAUACUGAAACUGAAGGAGAAAAAAACAAUUCAAUUGAAGAGGCGCCACAUUACUCUAAGAAGGAGCUCGCUCGUCAAAAGAUGCGUAUGGCACUAGGUCUUGAGGAUGAGGACUCAACCGUAGACCCCAAAAAAACGGAUAAGAAAGUAGGCGAUAUGGAAAUAACAUUCACAGCAGGUCUUGAAAGCUCUCACACAAAAAGUAUUUUCCAAAAUGAGCCGAUCAAAGAAGAAACUACUGCUGAGCGUUAUGUGCGACUGGAACGGGAGCGCAAAGCGCGACGUAAAGAACGUGCCAAAGCCCGGCGUGAAGGACGCGACCCUGAUCUUGCUGCCGAUGAAGAAAAAUCAUCUGAAGCUAUAGAAAGUAAAACCCAAGAGGAUCUAGGAUUUGAUGAUCCCUUUUUCACUGUCGGUGACGAUGCCAAAUCGGCAUCUAAACCCAAAGCAUCGCAGCGGAAAGCCGAGCGGCUCGCUAAACGCCAGGCUAAGGAAGCUGAGGCUGAGAAAUUAGCCAUGGAAAAGACACAAUUAGAACUUCUUAUGCACGAGAAUAAUUCCGGAGACGAAGGUAGGCAGCUGAAUCACUUUGAUAUUAAUGAAAUCGCUCGAGCAGAGAAGAAGCGGAAGCGCAAAGGAAUUAAAGGGCGGACCGAAGUCGGAAAGAGGGGUGGCUUACAGGAGGACUUUGAAAUGGAUGUGCACGAUCCUCGAUUUGGGAGAGUCUUUGAGAGUCACGAAUACGCCAUUGACCCUAGUCAUCCUCGAUUCAAAGGCACCGAUGGAAUGAAAAAGCUGCUGGAAGCAGGGCGCAAGAGGCGCCGAGUCGCGGAAGACGAUGCCGAAGUAGAUACGGCGGGGAGAAAUUAG